AUGGAAGCGGGCGCUGCGAGGGGGGCUGUUGAGUUCCGUGAGGAUAUUAGAAGGGUAAUGUUGGCCGUUGAUGAGCAUGAAGGAAGUUUCUAUGCAUUAGAGUGGACUCUGAAGAAUCUGCACGACUCAAUCAUCAAAUUCCAACCUGCUCGAGAGGUGAGGAGAGAAGUUCAAGAGGAUCAAAAGAAGACUGCUGCUUCCCUGUUGGAGAAUGCCCGGGAGAUUUGCAUCAGGCAUGGGAUAACUCCAGAAGCAAUUACAGACGUUGGAGAUCCAAAAGAUGCAAUACAAGAGGAGGCAGUGGAAGGGCUAAAUAUUCAACUGCUUGUGGUAGGCAGUCAUGGUAGGGGUGCUCUAAAGAGGGCUUUUCUUGGGAGUGUUAGCAAUUACUGCGUUCACAAUAUGAAAUGCCCGGUUCUUGUGGUGAAGAAACCUUGAGCUAUAGUACUAAAGCUGCAGUUUAGUUUUGCAGAAGUUUAGAAAGAGCUUUUCCUGUAAUUAGUGUACAUGAUUUGGAAGAAAUAAAAGUCAUUUGUAAAAUCUUUUAAAGAUGUGUGUAACAAGA